UUUCCCGUCCCGCGGUUGGAAAAUGGCGGCGUAGGGAGCGGGGGGCUCUCGCAUCCCGGCGCCGGCGGCUCCCAGCGCCAUGACCCGCUGGGUGCCCACCAAAAGGGAGGAGAAGUACGGCGUAGCUCUCUACAACUACGACGCCAGGGGACCCGAUGAACUCUCCUUACAAAUCGGGGACACCGUGCACAUACUGGAAACAUAUGAAGGUUGGUACAGAGGUUACACACUGAGGAAGAAAUCCAAGAAGGGCAUAUUUCCUGCCUCCUACAUCCAUCUGAAGGAAGCAAUCGUUGAAGGCAAAGGCCAACAUGAAACAGUGAUCCCCAACGAGCUGCCCUUGAUUCAGGAGGUCACCACUACGCUCCGGGAAUGGUCCAUAAUAUGGAGGCAAUUAUAUGUUCAGGACAACAGGGAGAUGUUCCGCAGCGUGAGGCACAUGAUUUACGACCUCAUUGAGUGGAGAUCCCAAAUCCUAUCCGGGACCCUGCCCCAAGAUGAGCUCAAGGAGCUGAAAAAGAAAGUGACUGCCAAAAUUGAUUAUGGCAACAGAAUUCUUGAUUUAGAUCUGGUGGUCAGAGAUGAAGAUGGCAACAUUUUGGACCCAGAGCAGACCAGCACCAUCAGCCUUUUCAGAGCACAUGAAAUAGCUUCCAAGCAAGUUGAAGAGAGGCUGCAGGAGGAAAAAUCUCAGAAACAGAAUAUCGAUAUCAACAGACAAGCCAAGUUUGCUGCCACCCCUUCCUUUGCUUUAUUUGUAAAUUUAAAAAACGUGGUCUGUAAAAUAGGAGAAGAUGCUGAAGUCCUCAUGUCUCUCUAUGAUCCACUGGAAUCAAAAUUUAUCAGUGAGAACUACUUGGUGCGCUGGUCGAGCUGUGGGCUGCCCAAGGACAUCGACAGGCUGCACAACCUCCGCGCCGUGUUCACCGACCUGGGCAGCAAAGACCUGAAGAGAGAGAAAAUCAGUUUUGUGUGUCAGAUUGUAAGAGUUGGCAGAAUGGAGCUGAGGGACAACAACACCAGGAAACUCACGUCGGGACUGCGGAGACCUUUUGGGGUGGCAGUGAUGGACGUUACUGACAUAAUUAACGGGAAGGUUGAUGAUGAGGACAAGCAGCACUUCAUCCCAUUCCAACCGCUAGCGUUGGAUGACGCCAUUCGACACAAGCAGCUGAACAUAUCAUCCCGUUUUUCACCCAGGGUGGCGGGGGAGAAUGAUUUCCUUCAGACUGUUAUAAACAAAGUGAUUGCUGCUAAAGAAGUCAACCACAAGGGUCAGGGUUUGUGGGUGACUUUGAAACUUCUUCCAGGAGAUAUCCAUCAGAUUAGGAAGGAGUUUCCACACUUAGUGGACAGGUCAACAGCUGUGGCUCGGAAAAUGGGCUUUCCUGAGAUUAUUAUGCCUGGUGACGUUCGCAAUGACAUCUAUGUCACCUUGGUUCAGGGGGAUUUUGACAAAGGCAGCAAAACCACGGCGAAGAACGUGGAAGUUACGGUGUCUGUUUAUGACGAAGAUGGCAAGAGAUUAGAGAGUGUUAUUUUUCCUGGUGCUGGUGAUGAAGCCAUCUCGGAGUACAAGUCAGUGAUCUAUUACCAAGUAAAGCAGCCUCGCUGGUUUGAGACUGUAAAGGUCGCGAUCCCCAUCGAGGACGUGAACCGCAGCCACUUGAGAUUCACCUUCCGCCAUCGAUCGUCACAGGACUCCAAAGAUAAAUCUGAGAAAAUAUUUGCCCUGGCAUUUGUGAAGCUCAUGAGAUACGAUGGGACAACUCUGAGAGAUGGAGAGCAUGACCUCAUAGUUUACAAGGCAGAAGCCAAGAAGCUGGAGGAUGCCUCGACGUACCUGAGUCUGCCUUCCACUAAAAUAGAACUGGAGGAAAAGGGACACUCAGCAACAGGGAAGAGCAUGCAGAACCUUGGGAGCUGCACCAUCAGCAAAGACUCUUUUCAGAUUUCUACUCUAGUUUGUUCAACAAAACUUACCCAGAACGUUGACCUCCUGGGACUUCUGAAGUGGAGAUCUAACACGAACCUGCUGCAGCAGAACUUGAAGCAGCUGAUGAAAGUCGAUGGCGGGGAAGUGGUUAAGUUUCUCCAAGAUACAUUGGAUGCACUUUUUAACAUCAUGAUGGAGAAUUCAGAGAGUGACACCUUCGACACUUUAGUGUUUGAUGCUUUGGUGUUUAUCAUUGGACUGAUUGCUGACAGAAAAUUUCAACACUUCAAUCCUGUCUUGGAAACCUACAUUAAGAAGCAUUUCAGUGCUACGUUGGCCUACACCAAACUGACCAAGGUUUUAAGAACAUAUGUGGACAAUGCUGAGAAGAGUGGGAUCACUGAUCAGCUCUUCAAAGCCAUGAAAGCCUUGGAAUACAUCUUCAAGUUCAUAGUCCGGUCCAGGAUAUUGUUCAAUCAGCUUUAUGAGAACAAAGGAGAAGAAGCAUUCAGGGAGUCUCUGCUGCAGCUCUUCAAGUCCAUCAAUGAGAUGAUGAGCAGCAACUCUGAUCAGACUGUCAUAGUGAAGGGGGCAGCACUGAAAUACUUGCCAGCUAUUGUCAACGAUGUGAAAUUAGUGUUUGAUCCAAAGGAGCUCAGCAAGCUCUUCACUGAGUUCAUCCUCAACGUCCCCGUCAGCCGCCUCACCAUCCAGAAGCUCUACUGCCUGAUCGAGAUCGUCCACAGUGACCUGUUCACUCAGCACGACUGCAGGGAAAUCUUGCUGCCAACCAUGACAGACCAGCUCAAGUAUCACUUGGAAAGACAAGAAGAUUUGGAGGCUUGCUGCCAGUUGCUGAGUAACAUCCUGGAAGUGCUGUACAAGAAAGACGUGGGGCCCACACAGAGGCAUGUGCAGAUAAUCAUGGAGAACCUGCUGAGGACGGUGAACAGAACAGUCAUUUCCAUGGGCCGCGAUUCCGAGCUCAUCGGCAGUUUUGUGGCCUGCAUGACAGCCAUUCUAAGGCAGAUGGAGGACUAUCACUAUGCUCAUUUAAUCAAGACUUUUGGGAAGAUGAGGUCGGAUGUUGUGGAUUUCCUGAUGGAAACAUUCAUCAUGUUCAAGAAUCUCAUCGGGAAGAACGUCUAUCCCUUCGACUGGGUGAUAAUGAACAUGAUGCAGAACAAAGUCUUCCUGAGAGCAAUUAAUCAAUAUGCAGAUAUGCUCAACAAAAAAUUCCUUGAUCAAACCAACUUUGAGUUACAGCUUUGGAACAACUACUUCCACCUGGCUGUGGCUUUCCUCACACAAGAAUCUUUACAACUGGAGAAUUUUUCAAGUGCUAAAAGAGCAAAAAUCCUUAACAAGUAUGGUGAUAUGAGAAGGCAGAUUGGGUUUGAAAUCAGGGACAUGUGGUACAAUCUGGGUCAGCAUAAAAUCAAGUUCAUCCCGGAAAUGGUGGGGCCCAUCCUGGAAAUGACGCUGAUACCGGAAACCGAGCUGCGGAAAGCCACGAUCCCCAUCUUCUUUGACAUGAUGCAGUGUGAAUUCCAUUCCACCAGAUGCUUCCAGAGGUUCGAAAAUGAGAUCAUCACCAAACUGGAUCACGAAGUGGAAGGAGGCCGAGGGGAUGAACAGUACAAAGUGUUAUUUGACAAAAUUCUCCUGGAGCACUGUAGGAAGCACAAAUACCUGGCUAAGAGUGGGGAAACUUUUGUGAAGCUGGUUGUACGUUUGAUGGAGAGGCUCUUGGACUACAGGACCAUCAUGCACGACGAGAACAAGGAGAACCGCAUGAGCUGCACUGUCAACGUGCUGAAUUUCUACAAGGAGAUCGAGAGAGAAGAAAUGUACAUAAGGUAUUUGUACAAGCUGUGUGACCUGCACAAGGAGUGUGACAACUACACAGAGGCUGCCUACACGCUGCUCCUGCACGCAAAGCUCCUCAAGUGGUCAGAAGAAGCGUGUGCAGCACAUCUUACCCAGCGGGAUGGAUACCAAGCUACUACUCAAGGACAGUUGAAAGAUCAACUCUAUCAAGAAAUUAUCCAUUACUUUGACAAGGGCAAGAUGUGGGAAGAGGCCAUUGCCUUGGGUAAAGAACUUGCAGAACAGUAUGAAAAUGAAAUGUUUGAUUAUGAACAACUCAGUGAACUGCUGAGAAAGCAAGCCCAGUUCUAUGAAAACAUUGUGAAAGUCAUAAGACCAAAACCAGACUAUUUUGCUGUUGGAUACUAUGGCCAGGGAUUCCCAACAUUCAUAAGGAACAAAGUGUUCAUUUACCGGGGCAAGGAGUACGAGCGACGUGAGGACUUCGAGGCGAGGCUGCUGACUCAGUUCCCCAACGCCGAGAAGAUGAAGACGACGUCCCCGCCGGGCGAUGACAUCAAAAACUCCUCUGGCCAGUAUAUUCAGUGCUUCACUGUAAAGCCAAAACUGGAUUUACCAUCUAAAUUUCACAGGCCAGUGUCAGAGCAAAUCAUGAGUUUCUACAGGGUGAACGAAGUCCAACGUUUUGAGUAUUCGCGCCCCGUUCGAAAAGGAGAGAAAAACCCGGACAAUGAAUUCGCGAACAUGUGGAUCGAGAGAACCAUCUACGUGACAGCCUAUAAAUUACCGGGGAUUCUGAGGUGGUUUGAAGUCAAAUCGGUCUUCAUGGUUGAAAUCAGCCCACUGGAAAACGCGAUAGAGACCAUGCAGUUGACCAAUGAUAAGAUCAAUAACAUGGUUCAGCAGCACUUAAAUGAUCCAAACCUGCCCAUCAACCCCCUGUCGAUGCUGCUCAACGGCAUCGUGGACCCCGCGGUCAUGGGAGGCUUCACAAACUACGAGAAGGCUUUUUUUACUGAAAAAUACAUGCACGAGCAUCCAGAAGAUCAUGACAAGAUUGAGAAGCUGAAGGAUCUCAUCGCUUGGCAGAUCCCGUUCCUGGCAGAAGGCAUCCGGCUCCACGGGGAGAAGGUGACAGAGGCCCUGAGGCCGUUCCAUGAGAGGAUGGAGGCUUGUUUCAGGCAGCUGAAGGACAAGGUGGAGAAGCAGUACGGGGUCCGUGCUGUGCUCUCCAGCCUGGAGGACAGGCGGGGCAGUCGGCCACGCUCCAUGGUGAGAUCCUUCACCAUGCCCUCAUCUUCCAGACCCCUCUCCGUGGCAUCUGUGUCUUCCAUCUCCUCAGACAGCACCCCCUCCCGGCCUGGCUCCGAUGGGUUCGUGCUGGAGCCCCUCCUGCCAAAAAAGAUGCAUUCUAGGUCGCAAGAUAAAUUGGACAAGGAUGACCUAGAUAAAGAUAAGAAGGAAAAGAAGAAGGAGAAAAGGAACAGCAAGCAUCAAGAGAUAUUUGAUAAAGAAUUUAAAUCUACUGAUAUUUCUCUGCAGCAGUCCGAGGCAGUGAUCCUUUCAGAGACGAUCAGCCCUCUGAGACCCCAGAGGCCGAAAAGCCAAGUCAUAAACGUGAUCUCCAGUGACCGGCGUUUCUCCGUGUCUCCAUCGCCUCCCAGCUCCCAGCUCACCCCACCCCCCAUCACCCCCAGGACGAAGCUUUCCUUCACCAUCCAGUCCAAUCUGGAGCUGAAUGGAAUGUCAAGCUCUGACAUCCCCGACGUUCCUCCCCCCCUGCCCCUCAAAGGAAGCACAGCCGACUACGGGAACCUCAUGGAAAGCCAGGACUUGAUCAGCCCGACGACCUCCCCCCCUGCCCACCAGCGGCACCUGCCACCUCCUCUCCCCAGCAAGACUCCGCCGCCUCCCCCUCCAAAGACGACUCGGAAGCAAACGUCGGUGGACUCUGGGAUUGUCCAGUGAAGAAGGAAGCGGGUUCUUUUUUUCCAAAGAUAAAGCUGUAACAAUUCAUUUCCCUAAGUAUUUUAUGGUAUAUAAUGUUUACCUCAUUCAGGUGUGCAGUAUCUAACAUUUAGUGCAAUGACUCUAACUCCGUAAGAAAUCCAUUUCUAGCCAUGGAACCGACACUACAUCCCCCCCUCUUCUGGGGGUUAUUCCCUCCCAUAACUU